CCGUACCCGUACUCGUCGUCCGCAGGCCUAUGCUUACGGUGGCCGGAGAUCGUCUCGCAAUCCCCGACACCCGGAGUGUCUUUCACGACGGCUGGGUUGUGAGGAGAUUCUCUACGUAUUUUAUUUAUCACUCAUUUGGAUUUCGCUCGUUGUGAAACAUGGACCACAAACCCGUCCUUUUGGUGUUCAUCGCCCUUCUGAUUGGAAGCUUUGCCUUUCCUACGUCCGAGGAUGAUAUUUCCAUCUUCUUCGACCACACCGACGCCAACGCACGUAUCGUCGGUGGCACCUAGGCGGCAGCCGGCAGCCACCCUCACAUGGUGGCUCUAUCCUUCGGUGUUCAAGUAAGGAGUUUCCUCUGCGGAGCAUCACUGAUCACUCAGCGUACUGUCCUCACUGCUGCUCACUGCAUUCAUAUUGUCAACAGCGAGAACGGGCUGAUUGAUUCUUUCCGUGUGUCCGUUGGCUCGAACCAAUGGAACAGUGGCACCGAAUACGCUGGAGCCUACAUCGUGACCCACCCUGACUUUGACAUUAGGACUAUCAAACACGACAUCGGUGUCCUCAUCACUUCCACGAUUGUAGUUCUCAACAACCUGGUGCAGACGGUACCCGUUACCUACGAUUACAUUGGUGGAGGAGUCGAAGCCAUACUUGGAGGAUGGGGCAGAAUCAGGGCUGGAGGCUCCCUGUCCCGCGAACUGCUGGAACUGAGAACUACCUCUCUUGACGGUGCUGACUGCAUGAUACACGCGGCUCGUUUAUCUGUCGUGUUGAGAAUGAGGCACGUUCCACCAGUUGAUCCUCACGUCGAGGUCUGCGCCUUCCACUCCGCUGGAUUUGGCGCUUGCAAUGGUGACUCUGGCAGUGCUUUGCGUCGGGCUUCCGAUGGCCACCAGUUCGGUAUCGUGUCCUGGGGUUUCCCCUGCGCUCUUGGUGCUCCUGACAUGUACGUCAGGAUUAGCUCAUACCAGAUCUGGUUGAAAUCUGUCAUUGUCUAG